UUUGCCUUAAUUUUAAUUUAUACGUUUUUAAUGUCAAUUAUUCAUCGUGCAAAUGCUCAAGUUUUACGGAACUCAUUUAGUAAUGUUUAUUCCGAAAAUUCCAGAGAUCGAUCUUAUCAGAGUGAUUACUAUGGAAGAUAUCCGCCAAAUAGUUUCAAAAAUCGUUUCAAAAAUUGGGAUAAUUCACAAUUUGUUCCAACCGGAAUCGAUUCCGUGUACGGUGACUCACGUUGUUUGGGGGACCGGAAUCAAAAUCUUGAACCGAUUGGCACAGUAAGUGUAGAACUUCGUUUAGGUACGGUAGUUGGUACGUAUAUAUCACUUUGUGACGGUCCUGGUGUGCCAGAAUAUGAUAGACCAAACUUUAAAUUCAACCAUCUGCCCAAAAUAUAUCGAAACAUUACUGCUUUUCUUGGAAUACCGUACGCAGUCCCUCCUACAGAUUCGCUUAGGUUUCGGCCACCUCAAGUUCAUCCAACAUUUAAUAUGAAAAGAACUUUGCAAUUCAAAAGCGCCUGUCCACAACCAUCUCAGUACACUGGGCUCAAAACUGGCAUCAUUGAUACUAAUGAAGAUUGUUUAUAUUUAAAUAUAUUUUCUCCAUCUGUUAAACGCCAAACUGAAAAAUAUGCAGUGAUGAUAUAUAUUCAUGGGGGUGAUUGGGAUCAUGGAAGUUCAUCUAUUUUUCCUGCCCAGAUGUUAGCUGCAUCUCAGGAAGUCAUAGUUGUGACAUUCAACUACCGCCUAGGACCAUUAGGUUUCUAUGCUACUGGUGAGAAUUCAUCUGCUGGUAAUUACGGCUUAUUGGAUCAAGCUAUGGCAAUUGAAUGGGUUUAUGACAAUAUAGAUGCUUUCAAUGGUAACAAUGAGAAAAUUACCCUUUUUGGCCCUGGUGUUGGUGCUGCAAGUGCUGGAAUUCAUGCUUUGUCAAGUAGACUUGGAAAGAAGAUACGAGGUGUUAUCGCUCAAAGUGGUUCUGCUGUAGCUGACUGGGCUGCAACUGCUGAUAAUUAUACAAUAUUCAACAACAGUCUGGAAUAUGCACAGUUGUUCAAUUGUCAUUUUCAAUCAUCAUAUAGAACUGUUGAUUGUUUACGAGGUGAAGCAUUGUCUCGUUUUGAUGCCACACAUUUCAAACCUCAUGUUGGUUGGUUUUCCUGGACACCUGUUGUUGAUUUUUGUAAUAGGGAGGAAGGCAAGAGGAUAUUACCAGAUAUUCCAGAAAAUUUAAUAAAGAACAGCUAUGAGAAUCUGCAUGAUGAUUUUGCAUACAUGGGAGGAGUAACUCGUGAUGAAGCGAUCACUAUGAUUCUUCAAGACCCAGAAGUUAAAAAAACAGGAUAUAAGAUAACACAUCAGUACUUCAAGAAAAAAAUUUCUGAAUUUUCUUCGGUAUUCAAUUAUACACUUGACAUACCUGCUUUAACUAAAGCCCUUGAGUUCAUGUAUAUGCCACGGGAAUCUGAUUUGGGAAAUGAGACUCUUUUAAGAGAAGGAUAUGCAAAUAUGUUAUCUGACAGUUAUGUAAUUGCACCUAAUGAUAAAAUCAUGAAGCUGCUUCUGCAUAGGAGUGUUCGAACAUACAUGUAUGUCUUAAAUAGUUCUUUGGAAGGCUUGCAAACCAUUCAAGGACAUGAAUACAACACAUUUAAAAAUGUUGUUCCUCAUGAUCUAGAAUAUUAUUUAAUUACUGGUGCACCAUUUAUGGAUCCUAAGCUUUAUCCUAGUGGCCUAAAUUUGCAAGAUGCAAAAUGGACUGAAGCUGAUCGAAAUAUAAGUCAAUUUUUUAUGACUGCAUGGGCAAAUUUCGCAAAAUUUGGAAAUCCUACCCCAGCUGCAUUAUUUAAUAUAUUUUGGGAACCAUCUGACUUGAAUAAAAUGCAGUAUUUGUCUAUAAACACUACAAAUUUUACAUCCGUUAUGAUGUCAAGUUAUCGUCAGAAAGAAAGUCAAUUUUGGAAUUCAUUUUUACCUACCUUAAUGAAAAAAGGUAGAAAUAAAUUUUCUACUACAUACUGUCGUCCAGUUUAUGAACCAUGGGAAGACCAGAAGAAUGUCUAUGCGGCAUCAUUGUGGGGAGUUCUGGGAGGUGUUACAUUGUUUGGAAUUUUAACAUUUAUAUUUUGUUGUCUUUACUGCAAAGUUAAAAGUAAACAUGUUGUGAGUUCAGAAGAUAUACCGGAUGCAAUUUCUGUUACACCUUCUUCUAUCGAUACUCUUCUGAAUAUGAAGAGAAUUGAAGCCGGGAAUAGAUAUUAUGCAGAUCGUUUAUCUACUGAGCAGAAGCACACACAAGUUUAGGAAUAUUUGUUUGUCAGGUCUGCACUGUGAUAAUGAAUGCAAUUUUUUAACUUUGUACCAUUUAUAGACAUUUACACGAUUUUAUGCACACAUUGUUAAUAAUACAUUUACGUG